AUGGCGACAUUGUCCGACCAAAUAAAAUCUAAUCUCGUGGCUCUGACAGGGGAAUUUGCCAUCGCUGGCAAAAAGGUCAUUGAGCAAUUGGAGAAGCUUAAAAGGGAGAUCUCUUUAAACAAGGAUGGAGAAGGCCUACAUAAAAUACACAAACAACUUAAAGAGCUUCACGGCGUUGCGGUAACUGAGGCCCUCAGUGCUGCUGAGAAAUUCCUUAAACCGGACGCCUACAAACUUCGAGAUGAAACUAUCGAAAAACUCCGGGGACAAGUCGACAAGGAAAUAGAGAACGCUAAAAAGCUAAUGAUCAAACAGGCACAGAAAAUUUACGUGACGUCAGUCAGAGACUUAUUGACUGAGUACUGUAAGAAAUGUCACAACGAGCUUAGCAGCCUUCCACAACAAAUCACCGACGAUUUGACCUCAGGAUUCAAAGGCUUCAUGAAAACGCUAGAAGGAAAGCCUACCAGUGUGGCUACGCGUCGUAGAAGCGUCACAGAUCAACCAGUUCAGACUCCAACUGAAGAUCUCAACGUUGACAAACUCACUGAUACCAAAAAAGCAUUUGACACCUUACUUACGCAUCUUAUCGGCAAUGGAAAUAGGCAGUAUAAUUAUGAUAAUGAUUUCUUUAAAAAAUAUGAUGCCCUUAAAAUUGCAGUUGAGAAUUUAGACCCUUCCCAAUUCACAAACCCGUCGCACCCCGAGCUGCUGGAUGCCGUCGGCAAAGGGCUGAGGGGAUUCACCGGGGAGCUCGAGAAGGCGUACAUAAACAUGUACGACAGUCGUGUAUUCCUAGAAGAUUUAACGAAAAAAGAUGAAACCGUUAAGACUGCAACCAGUGGAAAAUCCCAGUCACCAAAUGAGCCCCAAAUCAUAUUGACACCGUAUGGUGAAAAAUGCUCGAAAGUAUGUCUCACGGUUUUGAUAAACCUUCACGACUAUUUUGGUCGUUUGAGAAUACAUUGUGAAAGCAAUGGUUUCUCAAAAAAAUGA